UGUUCAGCGCAUCGAUUAAAAAUCAUAAUACUUUUACAGAAUCGAAAGCCACGUGCGUCCCCAGCGGCAAUGCUUUCUGCUAGAGAUGCCUAUCGUUUGCAAACAUUGGCUAGGCGGGGACAGAUUGAAACCACAGAAGAAGGCAAUAAAUUACUUGGAAAAUUGAAGAAAUCAUUGGAUUCAUCUAACACAACAAACGAUGGAAGCUCCACAGUUGAAAUUCCUAUUAAAGAAAACAUGUCAACGCCACCUGCGUCCCCAGCGGCAAUGCUUUCUGCUAGAGAUGCCUAUCGUUUGCAAACAUUGGCUAGGCGGGGACAGAUUGAAACCACAGAAGAAGGCAAUAAAUUACUUGGAAAAUUGAAGAAAUCAUUGGAUUCAUCUAACACAACAAACGAUGGAAGCUCCACAGUUGAAAUUCCUAUUAAAGAAAACAUGUCAACGCCACCUGCGUCCCCAGCGGCAAUGCUUUCUGCUAGAGAUGCCUAUCGUUUGCAAACAUUGGCUAGGCGGGGACAGAUUGAAACCACAGAAGAAGGCAAUAAAUUACUUGGAAAAUUGAAGAAAUCAUUGGAUUCAUCUAACACAACAAACGAUGGAAGCUCCACAGUUGAAAUUCCUAUUAAAGAAAACGUUUCAACGCCACGUAGUGGUCAAAGGAAAAUAUCUGAGAAAAGGAAACGUGUAGGCUCUCCUUUUCCUAAGGGCGUUAAACGACCCAAUCGUGCGUUGAGUGAUCUCGGUUUAACUAUGGAGCAUAGCAUUUUAAUCAAAACAAAGGCAGCACAGUUCUAACAGAGGUGGACAUGCUUCUCGGUCGGGUAUUACAGUUCGUACUUCUUCGUCGCUGCGUAUUCCUCUCUUACAUACUUAGUAGUCGGUGCCAUGUGUAAAACAACCUACCAGUGUCAGGUUCGAUUAGGUAAUCUUUAGCUGUAACUCCACCCCCAUGGAUAUAGUGUAAUUUCCAUUGUCUCUUAUUUUUAUGGUUCGUGUUGAACUCACUACAUUGUUACUCUCAAUUUAUAAGUUACUCAUCAUCUUACUCACCUCGUGUCUAUAUUACGCAACUCCUUCACCGUUGUAUGCAUACAUUCACUUUGUUUAAACUUGAACUCUCUGUGUAAAUACUAUAUAAGCGUAAUUUUCUGAACAUUGUUCACUAAGUCCAGAACCUCCUGUCAACCGACAUAAUGUAAAAUUUGCAAGUAUGUUAAAGAGUGUCUGUACAUAAACUUAAUAAUUUAUUUAGGCUGUGAGCAGCUGAUGAGAAACCAAAGAAAUAAAUGAUGGUACCACUUUAUUCUGCAAACACUGUUGUUCUUGCUUUAUUAAAAAUCAUAAAGGCGAAUAAAUAUACCAAAUUUAUGAAUGAUUUCUGGUUUAAUU